AUGCAAGGAUGGUCUCACGGUUCGUCCUUUGAUCAUCGCACGGAACUUCGUCACGCCAAAAGGAUCGUGGUGAAGUUGGGCAGCGCCGUGGUCACCAGAGGAGACGAGUGCGGCCUGGCUCUGGGCAGACUGGCCUCCAUCGUCGAACAGGUGGCCAUGCUGCAGAACCAGGGCAGGGAGAUGAUGAUAGUGACCAGUGGAGCCGUGGCCUUUGGAAAACAAAGAUUAAGACACGAGAUCCUGCUGUCCCAGAGUGUGCGGCAGGCCCUGCACACCGGACACACCCAGCUCAAAGACAUGUCCGUGCCCGUCCUGGAGGCCCGAGCCUGUGCUGCUGCCGGACAGAGCGGCCUCAUGGCUCUGUAUGAAGCUAUGUUCACACAGUACAGCACCUGCACAGCACAGGUCCUUGUCACUAACCUGGACUUCCACGAUGAGCAGAAGAGACAGAAUCUGAGCAGCACUCUGCAGGAGCUGCUGAGGAUGAACAUCGUGCCCAUCAUCAACACUAACGACGCCGUGGUGCCCCCCCCGGAGCCCAACAGCGACUUACAGGGACAGCAGAGGGAGGGGGGGGGGGGUAAAUGUGGGUACAGACAGCAGAGGGAGGGGGGAGUAAAAUGUGGGUACAGACAGCAGAGGGAGGGGGGUAAAUGGGGUAAAUGUGGGUACAGACAGCAGAGGGAGGGGGGGGGGGGUAAAUGUGGGUACAGACAGCAGAGGGAGGGGGGGGUGGUAAAUGUGGGUACAGACAGCAGAGGGAGGGGGGGGGGUAAAUGUGGGUACAGACAGCAGAGGGAGGGGGGGGGGGGGGCGUAA